UCACAGAGCCUCCAGUGAAAACUAUCUGAGAGAAGUUUAUCUUGGCACUGCAGUUGCCUCAGUGGUUCAGGGGAACAUGGCUUCUCUGUGAACUGAAGAGGCUCAGUCACCAAAAGACUCUGGAUCUGCACUGCUGUAGGAGAUGACCAUUGUGAGGCGUAUCUCCUGGUCUUGUCGAUAAAGUCGAGUCUAUAUUUGUGAGCCAGUAUGGGGGACUGGAACUUGUUGGGGAAGCUUUUGGAGAGCGCCCAGGAACACUCCACCGUUGUGGGCAAAGUCUGGCUGACAGUGCUGUUCAUUUUCCGCAUCCUGGUGCUGGGAGCUGCCGCUGAGAAGGUGUGGGGUGACGAGCAGUCUGGCUUCACCUGUGAUACCAAGCAGCCCGGUUGUCAGAACGUCUGCUAUGACAAGACCUUCCCCAUUUCUCACAUUCGCUUCUGGGUGAUGCAGAUCAUCUUUGUCUCCACGCCAACUCUCAUUUAUCUGGGCCACAUCCUUCAUCUGGUCCGCAUGGAGGAAAAGGAAAAGCAGAAAGAGAAGGACCUUGCCAUCCAGCAUGAAAAGCAGCAGCAGUUACUUGGCAACAAGGCCAAGAAGGCUUCUGUUAAAGACAACCAGGGUCACGUGCGUUUGCAAGGUGCACUGCUGCGAACCUACGUCUUCAACAUUAUUUUCAAGACCCUGUUUGAAGUGGCGUUUAUUGUUGCUCAGUACUUCCUGUAUGGCUUUGAGCUCAAGCCGAUGUACACCUGCGACCGCUGGCCUUGUCCUAACGUGGUGAACUGCUACAUCUCCCGACCCACUGAGAAGACAGUCUUCAUCCUCUUCAUGCUGGCGGUGGCCUGCAUCUCACUGCUGCUCAACCUGGUGGAAAUGUACCAUCUAGGUUUCACAAAGUGCCACCAGGGGCUCCGCUACAGACGAUCACAGGCUGCGAGCGAGGCCCCCAAGCACCUAACCGAGGCGGUCAUGCCCUUCGUACCGAGCUACAACUACUUUGCUGGUCAUCCUGCAGUGCCUGAGCCUUUCCCUACAGACUCAAAGUACAGCAUGGCAGAGCCAAACUCCGCUUACAGCCCCUACAACAGCAAAGUGGUUUACAAGCAGAACAGAGACAAUAUGGCUGUGGAGAGGAAAGGUAAAUCGGAGGGAGAUGAUGCGAAGGAGAGGAAAACCUCCAGCCCUGUCUUUGAGAUGCCCGUUGAAAAUCAGCGCAGAAACAGUCAGUCAAGCAAACACAGCAACAACAAGAGCAGGCUGGACGACCUGAAGAUCUAAGGAACCUUCUGUUUCCAUCCAAGACUCAGGAACAACACACAUUAGCUUAAAAAAAUAUUUGCAUGAGAAUGGAAAAAACUGUUGAGCGAACAGAUUACGACUGUGAUCAGUUGGCAAGUCAAGAUUUGAGAGCACACAGGGACAGCUUUGUAAGCAUAGAGCGAGUAUUGAGUGCAUGUUUGAGAAUUCUUCAGCUCACAGGACUUUUUAAUGUUAAAGGUUAUUUACCCAUAGGCAUAAGAAGAAAAUAUAAAGGGCUCUUAUGGUAAAAAUCUUAUGGGGAAACUCUUCUCUCACAAUGAGUUUGCAAGUGAUCAGUGCAAAUUCAAAGACAAAGAGCAAAAAAGCUCCAUUGCUCACUCAAAUCACAAGUCUUAAUUCCUCUUUCGGCAUCGCAAUAAAAACUAAAAGCUCACACUUCCUGGUUAAAGCACAAAGCAGUGUUGUGCGUUCACAAGACUCCCCCUGCAUUAUCUAAAAUGUGGACUUGCAGAUUGAUUUACACUCAAAUUUGUUUCCCCCACUCUCAGUAGUUUAGAUCUUCUAUAUUUGUGGGUGAUGAAGAUGCAGAUUACUUGAGAUUUUUUUUGUUUACAAGCAGUUUACUUAAACUGAAACUGUGAGGUGCAUGAUGUCAUGAAAAGAUGUCAAAACAAAAGCAAAAAGGUGUUGUUACUCUUGUGUACAUAUGUUACAGACAUGAAUUUCUUACUGCUAUUUGAACAUGUUUUUCCAUUAAACAAUCAAAUAUCGGCAAUAAAAAUCA